AAAAGAAAAAGAGAAAGACAAAGAAGACGAAGAGCACAAUGGGGAAAGAUCUGAGCAACGAUCAAAUCUCCUCCAUGAAGGAGGCAUUCACUCUCUUCGAUACCGACGGCGACGGCAAAAUCUCACCGUCGGAGCUAGGUAUCCUAAUGCGUUCACUUGGAGGUAAUCCGACUCAAGCUCAACUCAAAUCAAUAAUCGCCGAAGAAAAACUCACAUCGCCGUUCGAUUUCAACCGGUUUUUGGAACUCAUGUCGAAACAUCUAAAGCCAGAGCCAUUUGAUCGCCAAUUACGCGAUGCGUUCAAGGUACUUGAUAAAGACUGUACUGGUUACGUUGUUGUUUCGGAUCUAAAGCAUAUUUUAACUAGUAUUGGUGAGAAGCUUGAGCCUUCGGAAUUUGAUGAGUGGAUCCGAGAAGUUGAUGCUGGAUCCGAUGGUAAGAUCCGGUAUGAGGAUUUCAUUGCUAGGAUGGUUGCCAAGUGAUUUUUGCAUGAGAUUUGCAUCUUUGGCUAUAUUACUCAAUAGCAAGAAACAGGACCUAACUUUGCCCUUGGUAGCUUUGCCCUUUCAUUUGUAUGUUUAAGUGUAUCUUUCAUUAGCCAUUUUGCUAAUUGUCGAUUUUAUUGUAUUUUCCCCUUGCACUGUCAUGGAACAACUCAUUGUUCAGAUGUUUGGAUUAUAUCCGAGUAUGUGGUAUACAAUCGCUUCUUGCAAUGUUAAACCAGUUAUGUAUAGUUCAGAUGCCAUGUAUCUUUAACUCA